GAAAUUCGAGACGGCGCCAUGCAUCUUCUCCUUGUUGACCUUCACAACGAAUAAAUAGGUUGAGCGUUGUCGUUUGCUAAGUUGGCCUGUCCCUUUGACUAUUGCUCACCUCUAAGCAAAUUACUUGUGGACGCGAUACGAAAUCACCUCAGAUAUUUUGUUUCUCAUGUAUGCUCUUGAUAAGAUGGGAGAUGAAGAAAUCAAUUUGAAGGAGGCUCUCAUCAGGUCCCUAAACGAAGAGGGUAUUUUACCAAAGCUUGAAGCUCAACUAAAGGCAGCAGUGUACCUAGCUCUGGAAAAGCACAACUAUGCCGAAGGAAUACCGCUUUCAAAUCAGUCCAUUCGGUCCUUAUGGUCUACAGAAGAUGGCUUGAUCAUUGCGUCCCUAUUGGUGGAUUUUAUGAAUAUGAUGAAACUUGAAAAUACGUUAAAUGUCCUAAUGGACGAAGCGCAAAUGAAACAUCUAGAACUUUUUGACCGAGAUAAGUUGAUGGCCGUUCUACCUACUGAACGCAGUCCAAGCAGCUCUCCAGUGCUGCUGAACUUGAUUGAAACACUUAGACAUCUCCGGAGCCAGAAAAUGGAUGAAACGGAUUCAUCUACUUCAGCAUCAAACAAUUCACGUAAUAAGUCAAGCAGAAUACCUGUCUUACAGAGUCGUAAAACGAGUUUUGGAUCCCAGGUAUCAGAUGAAACACUCAACACUCCAAAUCGCGACGUUAAUGGUUCGUCAAAAGUUAAAGAAACUAUAAACACUUCCCAGGAAACUCGCCUUCAAGAAAUAGUCACUAAUCACAGCAGCAGAACGCAAAUGCGUACGUCUGUAAUUGGGUCUACAGAUUCUCCGCGACCUUUAACACCGAAUUCUCCAGCUUUGAAUAAUGUUGCGAAGGUCGAAUCCCCCGGAAGGGCGAAUUCAGGAGGGAGUUCACCAUCCAUAGUCAGAGUGUUUGCACCAGUGAAAAAACAGUCGUCUUUAAAUGACGACAAAUCAGAUGUUGAUGAUGAUGAUGAUGAUAUUGAAGAAGUGUUAAGAGCCGAAGAGUCACUGUCUGGAUAUCAUCCCAACCCACAUCAAGGUGAACAUAGGUCACUUUGGCGAUCACCCAACUGCUUCCCCAUUUGUUUAUGAAAUAUUCUUUUGACAUUUUCGUCGUUAAGUUGAACUUGAAGGAGUUUUCUUGCUAUGGUUUUUCUGCAUUCAGUCUGUCACAAACAAACAUGUGUCAGUAUCAGAGCAUGAUCUAGACAUAUUCUUCAGAAUGAGUGGCGGUCUUCUAUCGAGCCUUUCCGACAAUGGCUGAUGGCGAUAUGGUCUAUUUACGUCUAUCGCCGAGUCGACUGCGGGGGUCUCCAUGGCUGACAAUGUCUCUUAAUGCUUAAAGAUGGUGCUUAAUAGGAAUAAAUGGUUGUCUGAACAUAGUUACAGCAGCCGAUCGUCGUUGCCUAUUCGCUGAGCUGCGACACUGUGAAACCCACGUAAGCGUCUUUCACUUCGAUUUAAACCAAGUGCUUUGGCGCUAAAGUCUCCUGCUGUUAUCACUACGCCUGAUAGUUUGGUUUUUUAGGAGAGCAGAAAGCUUUCUAUAAAACCUAUCUGUUACUUUAUCCGGACUGUAGUUAGUGGGAGCACAGGCAGAUAUGACGAAGAGGCGAUGGCGUAUAUCCCUAUCUUUCCGUGUUGGGAGACUUUUCAACUUAACAUUUCAAACUGGUAGACGUAUUUACGAUAUUUUAUUGAGGGUGGUUGUGGUUAUGCAAUACCUUUCUGGUGUAUAUCCUGGAAUACCCUUCACAUUCAUACCUGUUGACUAGUAGAGAAUCUAUUAGGGUCAACACCUUUUGGUGUUGCUAUAACAGUAUCUAUUACCGUAAGCUUUCCAUACCUCGAUAUUAUUGUGAACCUUGUGUUUUGGCAACGUCACGUAAUUCAAACUUAUUAUAUUUGGUCGCUUUCUAUUGUACAAUACCAUAUAUACUUGUUAGGAUAGUUGGAAAAAUAUACCAAUAAUUAUUGUGUUAAGUCUACGGUGGCCUUGGACCUUAAAUGUACAUUUCUUAUUGGUCGAUGUUUACUUCACUUGUUAAAUAUUGUACAAAUGUUGUUUCCUAUUUUAUGGUACGAUGUGGUUUGUUUGCUUGGUAUAUAAAUAGAGUAUGUUUGAAAUACAAUGAUUCAUAACUCAGAGGCAGUGAUUUGUGUUCUUGACUCAACUGGCUGGGGCUAGACAGGGAGGCGAGACCAAUCAGGGCACUAGGUCGUCCUUACGUGUCACUGUCACAGAAGCGAUCGAUAAUAACGCUGCCUAGCAUAACCUGCAGUCACACCCGUUACAACAAUACUGUGAUGUUUAUGCAUAUAAUUAUAUUUUCUUGAAGUGUAAUAUCUGUUUUGAAACUCUUGUCCUCUGGAGUUCAUGUGGUUGUCAUCAGUGAAGUAUCGUCACGUAUUUGUUAUAGAUCAGUUCCACAUUUUUGACCCAAUUCAAUUAUACAGUUAACAGACUGGCAGAAUCUUAGUGAAAAUCCAAAUUAAGGACAUUUUGAACAUAAAACACUGUUUCUGUGUCUAACAUUUACAGUUUGCAUUUAUCAAUCCAUCUGGAACAGUGCAGGAUCAAGUAUAAAGUAAUAUUGGUUCCCUUUAAUGUAAAGCCUGAUAAAAGAAUGUAUUAGAAUGGUAGCUUUGGUGAAAUUACAGUAAUCAUGGGUGAUACCUAUUAAAUGUGCCUAAAAAAAGUUCAUCUAGUGCCAACGCUUUAUUUCACUGGAUUCUCUUGCCGGAUUUUUAACUAAACGUAGAAUCUUUAGCGUUUUCGUAAAUUUUUGCUUGUCUGAUAUGACAAAUGUUUCCUAUGGGUUCGAUAGAUUCUAUUCUUGUAAUUGGAUGUUAUGUUGCAACAUCGAUUCUGAAUCACCGAAUCGUGUUUGAUGUGUGUGUUGGCCUGAAUCUCGAAUGUAUACCCUAGGUCAAGGAUAGUGUCAUACCUGUGUACCGGAACCUAAUGAAGUAAUAAUAUCUGGCCGGUUGGUCAUGAAUGUGGUUUGUCUCUGACUGUAUAGCGGGCGGAUGUUUACAGUAAGUCCUAAAGAUGAUUUGAUUGUUUGAAUCUUAAAACUUAUUGUGGAGCAGUAAUAUUUUGAUGGAGUUUUGUUCUCUGGGCUGGACGGUUUGGUCGUGGAGCUUUCAUCGUUCUUCUGAACGACAUCAGCACAAACUUCAGAUAGAAGUGAAGUGUUCGAAUUUAUCCAUAUGGGUUUCACAGCUUGUUCUGUACACCUAGAUGUUGAUAGGUUCCUAUGGACCUUAAAUUUAUCAUUGUUUACUUCUUUGUUUUGGUUGGAAGCUUCACGACCAAACCGUCCAGCUCAGAGAAUAAAACUCCAUCAAAAUCAUCCACC